CUCGCUCGGGCCUCUCCCUCAGUAGCUCGCCACCCUCUGAGCGAGGCGCAUGUCGACGUCGCCGCGACCAGAAUACACCCCCUCACCAGAAUACGGACGCGGAGUGAUCAGUGCUGUGCGGUGUUAAGUUCUGUGCUUACUGGAUACUUUGAAGUACGAGCAACUUCAGACGACUAUGAAAGUUACAAUGUGAGGGCGUGCGGGUGCGUCGGGGAUGUACCGUCUACUAUGCAGUGCGGCGCUCUCUACUUCAUGUGUGUAGCGGUGUGCUGCCUACACGCGGCCUCUGAGCCACUACAAACAGAAGAUUACCGGGAGGCCAGCGCGAGGACCCGACGAAGUGAGGAGAAAGAUGGACUCGCACUGUCUAGGGAGAUAUUUCGGAACAUCACGAAACAACUGCGCCAGAAUAUUAACCGAGAGGGCGCGACUGACAAGACCGAUCGUUUGUUACCCAACAAACCGGACGACCGGCACCAUGCUCCGUACCAGGCGUACCACCACCACGAGCACCACUGGGGCCCGUACUUCGAGGGGGACGCGGAGGGGGGCGAGGGGGCGUCGCAGGUCACCGCGCACGUCGGGGCCGAGGCCCUGCUGCACUGCCGAGUGGGGAUGCUGAAGGAUAAGACCGUGAUGUGGCUCCGGCGCACGUCCGACUCGGCGCAGCUGCUUACCGUGGGCCCGGCGCCGUACGCGGGCGACAGCCGUAUCGCCGUCAAGUUCCAGUACCCCAACAACUGGCGGCUCAGCAUCAACCCCGUGCGCAAGGCGGACGGGGGGCUCUACAUGUGUCAGAUAUCUACCCACCCGCCGCGGGCCAUAUUAGCUAAUUUAACAGUUUUGCCCCCAAUAUUGACCAUAAAUGGAGACGAAACACACGAAGUAAAAGACAGAUUUUACAAAGCCGGUAGCUCAAUAAGUUUAGCUUGUAUCAUAUCAGAGGACUACGUCUUAUCUCUUCCAUCAAAACCACCAACGACCACCGAGUUACCUACCACAACAACACCCUCAACCACUACAACAGAAUUAACCACUAAACUGAGUACAGUAUUUAAUAGGAUAGACUUAGUAAUGAAUAAGAGUUGGAGCGUCGAGACGACUACGAUAACUUCAACAGUUAGUAUAAGUACGACCACUAAGAAGGAACCACCGACCACGGCGGUGACAACCGUUGCGACAACGACAACCAAACCGUUGGUUGUAAAUAACGUGUUUGGAGUCGUUUGGAAGAAGCAAGGCAAGGACCUAGUUUCUGGAGUAACGUGGCGCAAUUUUAGCGCAACGAUCAACGUCGCUUCGGCGUCGCAAAACGACAGCGGCACAUACAGUUGUCAUUUGCAGAACCAUUCACUGGCCAUUGUGAAUGUCCACGUUUUAAUGGCCGGUGAAAAUCAGGCAGCUGUCCAUCACGACACGUGGAACAAGGGAAGUUUAUUUUGGACUUCGCAGAAUGUUAUUUUAGCCUCCAUAACGCCAUUUGUACUCAUUAUAUCGUAUAAAUAGUGUAUAUUAUUUUAAUUAAUUAAGAAAUUGUUAAACACCGUGGAUGACAUAAUGACAUACAACCAUUUGUUUAAAUUUUUGUGCCAAAUGAUUGUGUAAUGUAACUAAAUACUCACACUCCUUCCGAUGUUAUUAAAUGUACCUACCUACAUUAUACAACCUACAUCUACAUUAGUAAUUGACAUGCAUUAGAGAACAGUCUCGCGAUAACUGCUGUCAAACUCUCAAAAUUGUAUGUCGUUUUCCACAGAAACAUCCGUUUGACAGGCAGGUGUCGCCCGAUAUUGUUGAUUGCCUGUCAAAUACAAACAUUUGAACAAAGUGUCGAUAAAUACCUACAGGCCCCAGUGUACCUACCCGCUUUCAUAUUAAAAGGUGAAAGAGUUGAAAAAUAAUUAAUCGGUAUACACAAGCUCUGUUGAUUAACUAUUCUUUGUGUCUUCUAACUUCUAACACUCGUCAAUAGGUCCUAACAUGAAAGCGGGAGUGGAAAAGUAAUGAUUUCUGUAACUGUACAUAAUAACUUCACGAAGUAAAUUGUUUUAUGAUGUAUCGGUCCAUGCUGACCAAGAAUAUCAUUAUGUUAAAUUAGUUUAUUAAGGCGCUGUUUCACAAUGUCUGGUUAGUGGCUACCUGUG